AUGUCAGGAAAACUCCGCCUGUACAAGGAAAAACUUGAGGGAUAUAAUCGUUUUUAUUCGAUUGUUAAAACGAUAAAAAUGGUGACCCUUGCCAAAUAUCGAACUGCUCAAGGUCGAGUCAAAACACGUGACUUUACACUUCGUUAUACUGAAAAGGCUUUCAGCAAGCCUCAUGCCUCCGAGAAAGAAGCUGUAGCUUCCGCGAAAAACGCUCUUGUUUACAUUCCGAUUACUACGAAUCGAGGCUCUUGUGGGGCUUUGAACAGCAAUACGAUUCGCUGCAUUGAUCUUGUUGCGUCAAAUAAGAUGGUACUAAUGCCUAUUGGUAAAAGGGGAAUUGAUUCCCUGUCAAAACUUUAUCCUAAUGAGUUUAAAUAUGGCAUUAUAAAUGAUAUGAGGGAACCAAUGCAUUUUGCAUACGCGACAUACAUUUUGGAAAACGCUUUCAACGUUUCUGAGGAAGCGGACCGUUAUCAAGUCAUUUUUCAUCGCUUUGUCUCUGCAGGUGUUCAGAAACAUGCUGUGUAUAAUAUUCCUUCUUUUGAGAAGUGGAAGGAAGACCUUGCCGACGCCGCUAGUACUGAGAAUCAGAAGAGUCGUUACCUUUUUGCCAAUGCUCUGCAGAAUGAGGAGGAGCAAUUUAUCCGGGAUUUUUACGAUUUCCAUGCCUCUCUUGCGAUACUUAACGCAGUUGGGGAAAAUGAGCUUUCCGAGCAGGCUGCACGAUUGGUGGCAGUUGAGGGUCAGUUGACAAACAUCAGCACCUUGAAGCAACGAACAAGUUCAUUGUACAACAAGACUCGUCAGUCCGGUAUCACCGCGGCUCUUAUUGAAAUCCUUUCAGCCAUGAGCUCUCUGGAGGGAAGCACCACCAAGGGCGUUCAGCGCAACAAAUUCUGGGAAGGGUCGAAAAUUAAUUAG